AUGAAUAUAUAUGAGUCAAAGAUAAGCGACCCAUCUAUGGUAGACCUAUUCUGCUGGUCGGACUGGGAAGCUUCAACCAUCUUCCGCACGACCGAUGUUACAGCAACUCCCACUUCUGGUAAGAUGCAUUCCGCAGAUUCUUGUACCGCCGUCAUCAAUAUCGACAACUUUUUUGCUGAUACUGCGCCUGAAGCACUAACUACAUCGACUGGAAUCGCCCCCGGGGCUAUUAUCACGGCGUCUAGUCCGUCUCCCACUACCACUGCCGCCAUCACAGCACCGAAUCAUUCCAAACCUCACGAAAGUAAAACUUGGAUUGCCGGUGCUGUCAUUGGUCCUAUCGCGGGCUGUGCGCUGAUUGGGGCCCUUGGGUUCUGGGGCAGGCGUCGAAUCUGUGCGAAGAAGAGACUCGGCACGGUAGAGGUCCCAAAUCCAGUCCAAAAGUUUCCGUCUGCUCGAGUUGCUGUUGAAAUUGGUACAUCUGGUACUCAGGGUAUCCCUGAAUUAGGACCGUCGUCACCGAAGGGCCUGAACAGUACUAGCGGCUCGCCUGCAGUGGAACUUUCAGAAUCUAGCAGGUAG